CUGCCCCAUCCCUACACACAACACUAGCUAGACACUGUAACCCAUCUAUCUACACUCCCGUUACCUUCCACUUACCCAUUCCUUUCCGCUCCACCUUCCCCGCCUCUUACUUUUUCCCUCUAUUGUACCUCCCCUCCUCUCCCCUCCCCCCCGAGCACAGUACCCUAACACUUUCCUCUCCUUUCUACCCGCUUUUUUCUUUUCUUUUCUUUUCUUUUCCUUUCCCUUUCGUUUUCUCAUUUCCCUUUAUUCCCUUUUUGUUACAUUUUUUUUCUUUCUUUUUCUUCCUAAACCCUCUUUCCCCUUCCUACCCUCUUAACCCUACCUCACCUUGCCUCUUUCUCUCUAUAUAGGUUGGACGUUUUCCCCUUCUUAAAUCGACCCACUCAUCAGCCCACCCACUAUGCCCCCGGCUGCCUCUCAAAAGGUGCUUACUUACGAAGUCCAGGAGAGGGUACUGUGCUUUCACGGGCCAAUGCUCUAUGAAGCGAAGGUUUUGGAGGUUAAGAAAUCUGAAGAUAAGAAGGAAUUGCCCGAGUACAAGGUGCAUUACAAGGGGUGGAAAAACACGUUUGUCAUCCCCUCUCCUGCCUUUUCACGGCUUUUGUAUCCUUUCCCUUUUUUUUACUUUAUUUUAUAUUUUAUUUUUUUCCCCUCUCUCUUCAUAUUUAGGAUCUGCGUGGUCUGCACAAUGGGAACAUUUUUGAGGUGCGGCAUUCCCAUGCACCUCGUUCCAUCUCCAAUACCCUAUCCCCUCAGUUCCUUGUUUCCCCCACCAUGUUAUGUACGUCCCGUGUCCAAUGUUUCUUUCCGCUUACUACCCCCCCCCCCCUUCCCCCCUCUAAGCUUAAUCAACACUGACCAUGGAGGAAAUGAACAGUUGGGACGAAUUCGUUCCCGCAGAUCGUCUGAGGAAGAUGAAUGAGGAGAACUUGCGUCUUCAGAAAGAGCUGAACGAUAAUACUAAGCCUUCCUCCAAGAGAACAAACCCUGCCCCGAACGCAAAGGCGGGCAUGAAGAUGUCGUCGAAAGCUGGGUCUGAAGAUCUCCCGGGGGCUUCCGGUACCCUCCCACCCAGGGGACAGAAGCGUGGAAGGGAGCUUGAAAUUGAGAAGGUUUGUCCUUGUCCAGGCUAUCCUUGGGGGGGUUUUAUUUCUGUUUGUCUUUUUUUGGGGAUUGCACGGACUUUGGUUGGCGAUGAGGAGGAAGUUUGCUAACGCUCGGGUCUGAAGGAAGAGGACUUUAUGAAGAGACAUGACAUCAAAAUUACCAUUCCGGAUAACCUCAAGGCAUUACUCGUCGACGACUGGGAGAACGUUACCAAGAACCAGCAGCUCGUUCCUCUCCCCCGUAAUCCGUCCGUUUCCCAGAUUUUGCAAAAAUAUAGAGAAUCCGUGCCCAAGAAGCGUGAAGGAUCGGCGGAUACGGAUAUCUUUGACGAGGUCAUUGCCGGGUUGAAGCUUUACUUUGAUAAGAGCCUCGGAACUAUCUUGCUGUACAGAUUCGAGAGACAGCAGUAUAUGGAGAUUCGCAAAGAGCAUCCCGGAAAGGAGGCUAGUGAGCUCUAUGGUGCGGAGCAUCUGUUGAGGCUCUUUGGUACUUGCCCUCCUUCCUUUGCCUGUUUGUCGGGAGAAGCUGGCUAAUCGGGGUAUUUACAGUUUCCAUGCCCGAACUUCUGGCUCACACAAAUAUGGACCCCCAAUCCAUUUCUAAGCUCCGUGAGCAUAUUGAAGACUUCAUCCGCUUCCUGGGAAAGAAUCCUGAACAAUACGUUGCAGAACACUACGAGAGCGGUUAGUCAUCCCCAAUUUUACUCGAUACAUUCUGUUACGGAGCAUCCCCCCAUCCCCGCACGAAAGAGAAACGAAGGGUCAUGUCUUGUCCGCCCUUUUUCCACCUGCCCUAAAGACAAACCAAACAUACAGGAACUCCCGUCUCCAGUUAGUUGGCUAUGGUCGCUUCCCCCUGUGCGAACCCUGGCGGGGUUGGGGGGAUUGAGAUGAAAGAAAAGAGAGAGAAGAAAGAGAUGAAGGCGACGAACUCACGAUGUUUUCUUUCUUUUCUUCUAGCUUCCCCACGGUAUAUCGAUCUUUCUAGAGGCCUUUGAGUGAGUGCGCGGCUGUGGGAAUUGUUGGGGUGAGCCAUUGGGGGGAUGAAUUGGCGGAAGGGGUGGUGGCGGUGUUGGUCGCAAUUUUUCUGUCUCAUUUUUUUUUUCCAGACAGGUUUAUCGUGAUUGGUUUGAUUCUGAUUCUGUAUCCCUUUUUUUUUUUUUAUUACCUCUAUUAUAUUACUCUUACUCUUAAACUGUUUUUUUUUGUUUUUUUCCUUCUCUCUAAAAAAGAUGGGUUCCGGUACGGAUGGAUUUGUAUUAUAGGGACGGAUUGAUUGGAUGGAUAGCAUUGCUUUUUUUAUAUUUUAUUUUUUUAUCAGGGCAUUUCUGUAGUUGUGGGCGUAAUACGUUAAUUUAUGGUAUCUCUAUCUAAUAUCUGUUGGUUUGUGCUGUACAGUACUAGUACAGUACAGUACUGUACUCUACAAUGCUCGUAUUGCCCUGGCGCCUGCGAUGUGGGUCAUUGGGGAUCACUCGAUCGUAAUUGUGGUUGCCGUGAGUAGAAUAGAUUAUUCAAUUGCUGGGUUAUGGACUAAGGGAGGGGUAUGAAGA